GUUUGUUUGUUUGCAGCUUCUCCUCUCAUGGGCGCUCAGAGCUUUCCUAACCUCACCACCACUGGCACCACCUCCACCGUUACCAUGUCAACCUCCAUAGUAACCAGCAGCAAUAACGUAGCCACAGCCACCACUGGUCUGUCGGUGGGCCAGUUGCUAAGCAACACCCUGACGACCAGCCUGACGUCCACGUCCAGCGAGAGCGACACGGGCCAGGAGGCUGAGUUCUCUCUCUAUGACUUCCUGGACAGCUGUCGUGCCAACACGCUAUUGGCUGAGCUGGACGACGAGGAGGACCUCCCCGAGCCGGACGACGACGACGACGAGAACGAAGACGACAAUCAGGAGGACCAGGAGUACGAGGAGGUUCUGGAGGAGGAGGAGUACGAGACCAAAGGAGGUCGCAGGAGGACGUGGGACGACGACUUUGUCCUGAAGAGGCAGUUCUCUGCUCUGGUCCCGGCCUUCGACCCCCGACCAGGAAGAACCAACGUCCAGCAGACCACCGACCUGGAGAUCCAACAGCCAGGAACUCCUCGUUCGGAGGUUCAGGAGGAGGUGGAGUGCGCCCCGUCUCCUCACCUCUCUCUCACCCUCAAGGUGGCGGGACUGGGUACGACCCGCGAGGUGGAGCUCCCUCUGUCCAACUACAAGUCCACCAUCUUCUACUAUGUCCAGCGGCUGCUGCAGCUCUCCUGCAACGGAGCCGUGAAGACGGACAAACUGCGACGCAUCUGGGAGCCCACGUACACGAUAAUGUACAGAGAGCUGAAGGACUCUGACAAAGAGAAGGAGAGCGGAAAGAUGGACCUGUGUGAGCACAGCAUCGGUGUCGGGGGUCGGUCUGGCGGUCUGAGCCCGAGCUCGAUUUCAGCCAAUCAGAGCAGCGAGAUCCUAGGCGUGGCCAGAGAGAUGGCGCAGGCGAAGGCGGGCUGCAGCCAGAACGCCUGCGGGGUGGAAGACGUCCUGCAGCUCCUGCGCAUCCUCUACAUCAUCGGAGGAGACGCGACCUCCAACGCGCGCACGCUGCAGGAGGACUUUGACGAGCUGCAGUUCAACGCGUCUCCAGAGGAGUUCACCAGCAAGAAGAUCACGACCAAGAUCCUGCAGCAGAUCGAGGAGCCUCUGGCGCUGGCCAGCGGAGCUCUGCCCGACUGGUGUGAACAGCUCACCUCCAAGUGUCCUUUCCUCAUCCCCUUUGAGACCCGACAGCUCUACUUCACUUGCACGGCGUUCGGAGCCUCCAGGGCGAUCGUGUGGCUCCAGAACCGACGGGAGGCGACCAUGGAGCGCUCCCGGCCGUCAACCACAGUGCGGAGGGACGACCCCGGCGAGUUCAGGGUGGGUCGGCUCAAACACGAGCGAGUCAAAGUCCCCCGAGGGGAAGCCAUGAUGGAGUGGGCCGAGUCAGUAAUGCAGCUGCACGCCGACAGGAAGUCCGUGCUGGAGGUGGAGUUUCAGGGAGAGGAGGGAACGGGUCUCGGCCCGACUCUGGAGUUUUACGCUCUGGUGGCUGCAGAGUUUCAGAGGACAUCACUGGGGAUCUGGCUGUGUGACGACGACUUCCCCGACGACGAGUCCCGACAGGUGGACCUGGGCGGCGGUCUGAAGCCUCCCGGGUUCUACGUGCAGCGCUCCUGCGGCCUGUUCCCGGCUCCGUUCCCUCAGGACAGCGAGGAGCUGGAGCGAAUCACCAAGCUCUUCCACUUCCUGGGUGUCUUCCUGGCCAAGUGCAUCCAGGACAACCGGCUGGUGGACCUGCCCAUCUCGCAGCCCUUCUUCAAGCUGCUCUGCAUGGGGGACAUCAAGUCCAACAUGAGCAAGCUGCUGUACCAGUCCCGCAGCUCGCCGCAGGGCCACGACCCCGAGCGGCCCCACCUGCAGCCCUUCCUGCUGCUGUCUGAGGUGCAGUCGGAGGCGUCCACCGAGGAGAGCCAGGAGACGUACUCCGUGGGCAGCUUCGACGAGGACUCCAAGUCCGAGUUCAUUAUGGACCCCCCGAAACCCAAACCGCCUGCCUGGUACCACGGCAUCCUCACCUGGGACGACUUCCAGCUCGUCAACCCACACAGGUGAGAGCGGAGACAGCAGCCGUU